AAGGAACUGUAAACUCAAUCAAAAGUGAUUCUUCCAAUGAAAUAGUCAAAAUAUAAAGGAACUCCGGUGUUAUUCUGUUAACCAAAUAUAUGCACAAAUAACUCUUGGUGCACAAGAGUCAAUAGAUACAGGACAUUUUAUCUCAGAUAGUUUAACAGUAAAGUUAAGUACUGACAUGCAAGUUAUUAAAUAUCCAUAUAAAAGAAUGAAAAGGACUUGGAGAGACAGGGAGCUAUAAUAAGUGUUAAUUAGCAGAGGAUACAAAUCCAGCGACCCGUUAAAGUGAUGAAAGAGAAGAGAUUGUGAAAAAAUAUUUAACCUUGAAGUGCUAUAUUGUUAGAGCAAUGUGUAUAAGGGAGAAAUUAACACUACAGUGGAACAGUAUUGAUAAAGUACUAGCAUAAGUAAUACUAGAUACAUUAUAGUAAACAACUCACACACAAAACUUGAAAGUAUGGAGAAGUGAAGGUUUCAAUAUUUAUGAUUGGAUUUGAGAGCCUUUUGUAUGAUGUCAUAAUGAUACUUAAAUACCCAUAAAAUAUUUAAUUCAUGCAUUAACUUUAACAAACUCAAAGCAUGAAUAAAAAUAUAGAACAUAGGAAUAAGGAUAAGGCAUGUAAGAUGAUGAAGGGAAAACAUAGUGUCCAUGUGGUACAUGGUCUCAUAUAUGAUGAUGAAACAAACCAUACAGCCCUGGAAAGUGAUAAAUCAUGGAUAUGGACAGAUAAGGAUGGACUAAACAAGAGUGAGUUGGACCUCUAUAUUCCAGGAAAAUCUGGAAAUGCUCUUGAGGAUGAUCUAAAGUUACAGGGUGGUACAAGUAGACUACAGGGUGAUCCUAACUCUAGUAUACAUGGUAACACAAAUGAACAGAUAUCUGACAAUAAUUCUCACCACUCAAAACCAGAAAAUAACAAUUCUAACAAUGAUGUUGGUUCAAACAAGUCAUUGAGCCACUCAACAAAAGCGCCACCUUUAGUUGUGUUCAUACAUGGCGGCGGUUGGAGAAGAGGGCAUCACGCGUCAUGGAAAUAUUUCAUAUCAAGAUAUGACACUAACAUUUUCAUGGCUCUUGUACAUCAGUUAAUCUUCAGAUUUUACGCUAAUUUCGGAAAAACACUUGCGGAAAAUGGUAUCCCAUGUGCAGUUAUUUCUUAUCCAAUUAGCCGAUUGCAAUUUCCCUGGACCAUAGCUGAGCUAGUCACGUCAUUUUUGACAAAUUACCUAAUGUUUGGUGCUGUAUUUAUAUUAGGAUUAAUAUUGAUGGCUAUCUCGGGAUGUCCAACAGUGGUUGAUUUACAAGACUACCUCUUAGAGACUACAUGGACCGAUUUGAAUCCACUGCUCACAAUACUCUGUAUGCACGGAGCCAUCACGCAACUCCUUAUAUGGAUAGUAAUCAUGUUCAAUUCUCAGAAUUACAACUUGACAAAACAAGCUGCAAUUUUUCUCCCGGUGUGUCUUGCAUUCAUUAGUUACAUGAUAUCACAAUUCAUCAUGACAUCACAGCAACAGAUAAUGAUAUUCAGCAUCAUACUCAUUAUGACAUCACAAUUGAGUUUGCUAUAUCUUCAAACUCAGGUGCCCAUAGUGCAGCACCCGCAGCCCGUAAAAUCUGUGGCCCGUUGUAUAUCCUGGCUUCACAAAUCUAGAAAGUGGCAGGGACUAUAUGACCCAGAAUCCAUAGUCCUCCUAGGACACUCAGCAGGGGGACACUUAGCAACUUUGCUUGCUCUUGACAACACAUAUCUCACGAAUGCUGGAUGUCACCCAAGUGUUAUUAAGGGAAUCAUAUCGAUGUCUGGGGUAUACUCCGUACCAAGAAUUGCAACAUCGUGGAUGGCAAAACACUUCAUUAUCAUCCCAGCAUUUGGAACUGACCAAUCAGAAUGGGAGAUAUCUUCACCUCUCACCCAUGUGAAAAAUCGAGCCAUGAAUGGCAUCGGCAUUCCUAAAUUUCUCUUAUUCUGUGCUGAAAGUGAAUUUCCAUUUCUACAAAAAGAUGCAAGUGAUUUGAGCGAUAAGUUCAACGAAUUUGAUGUUUCGCAUGAAUAUUUUAUCAUCAAAGGGACCAAUCAUUUUACUAUCGCAUCAAACUUCGGUAGAUAUUCAGAGCAUUAUAAUGAACAUGUUACAAAACGCUGCAUUGACUUUAUACUAGGGACAGGAUCAAUGUGAAGAAUUGUUAUACACUGUACACUUAAAUUGUAAAAAGUCAUGAAAUGUAUUAU